AUGUGUGAGGAAGUGAUGUGUGAGGGAGUGAUGUGUGGUGAAGUGAUGUGUGAGGAAGUGAUGUGUGAGGAAGUGAUGUGUGAGGAAGUGAUGUGUGGUGAAGUGAUGUGUGGUGAAGUGAUGUGUGAGGAAGUGAUGUGUGGUGAAGUGAUGUGUGAGGAAGUGAUGUGUGGUGAAGUGAUGUGUGAGGAAGUGAUGUGUGAUGAAGUGAUGUGUGAGGAAGUGAUGUGUGAGGAAGUGAUGUGUGAGGAAGUCAUGUGUGAGGAAGUCAUGUGUGAGGAAGUCAUGUGUGAGGAAGUGAUGUGUGAUGAAGUGAUGUGUGAGGAAGUGAUGUGUGAGGAAGUGAUGUGUGAUGAAGUGAUGUGUGAGGAAGUGAUGUGUGAGGAAGUGAUGUGUGAGGAAGUGAUGUGUGAGGAAGUGAUGUGUGAGGAAGUGACGUGUGAUGAAGUGAUGUGUGAGGAAGUGAUGUGUGAUGAAGCGAUGUGUGGUGAAGUGAUGUGUGGUGAAGUGAUGUGUGUGGAAGUGAUGUGUGAGGAAGUGAUGUGUGGUGAAGCGAUGUGUUGUGAAGUGGUGUGUGAGGAAGUGAUGUGUGAGGAAGUGAUGUGUGAGGAAGUGAUGUGUGAGGAAGUGAUGUGUGAGGAAGUGAUGUGUGAGGAAGUGAUGUGUGAGGAAGUGACGUGUGAUGAAGUGAUGUGUGAGGAAGUGAUGUGUGAUGAAGCGAUGUGUGGUGAAGUGAUGUGUGGUGAAGUGAUGUGUGUGGAAGUGAUGUGUGAGUAA